UAUAGUGACGUGUCUUCUGUCGUGUUAAAUAUUCAAGAAUUUCAAGAGAGCAAUAUUUAACUAAUUGUGCCUGAAAUAAUUGAUAAAAGAUGUUGACGAAGUUCGAGACGAAAUCUGCUCGAGUGAAAGGCUUGUCUUUUCAUCCAAAACGUCCUUGGAUACUUGCUAGUUUGCACAAUGGCGUUAUUCAAUUAUGGGACUACCGUAUGUGCACCUUGCUUGACAAAUUCGACGAGCACGAUGGACCGGUCCGAGGCAUAUGCUUCCACAAUCAGCAGCCACUAUUUGUUUCUGGCGGCGACGAUUACAAGAUCAAAGUUUGGAAUUAUAAACAACGAAGAUGUAUUUUCACCUUAUUGGGCCACUUGGAUUAUAUCAGGACCACAGUGUUCCAUCACGAAUAUCCUUGGAUCCUUAGUGCUUCAGAUGAUCAGACUAUCCGUAUCUGGAACUGGCAGAGCCGUACUUGCAUUUGCGUUCUGACUGGGCACAAUCAUUAUGUAAUGUGCGCCCAAUUUCAUCCCACGGAAGACAUUAUCAUAUCAGCUUCGCUGGAUCAAACAGUCCGCGUUUGGGAUAUUUCCGGAUUACGCAAGAAGAAUGUGGCACCGGGUCCGGGUGGCUUAGAGGAUCAUUUGAAGAAUCCGGGCGCGACCGAUUUAUUCGGCCAGGCAGACGCAGUGGUGAAAUACGUGUUGGAAGGUCACGACAGAGGCGUAAACUGGGCGUGCUUUCACAGUUCGUUACCUCUGAUUCUCUCUGGAGCCGAUGAUCGGCAGAUCAAAAUGUGGCGGAUGAACGAUGCAAAAGCGUGGGAAGUGGAUACGUGUCGCGGCCAUUACAACAAUGUGUCCUGCCUGCUAUUCCAUCCCCGACAAGAUCUCAUCCUUUCAAAUUCCGAAGAUAAGAGUAUCCGAGUUUGGGACAUGACAAAACGCACGUGUUUGCACACAUUUAGAAGGGAACACGAGAGAUUUUGGGUGCUCGCCGCUCAUCCAACUCUCAAUCUGUUUGCGGCCGGUCACGAUUCUGGUAUGAUCAUCUUCAAGCUUGAGAGAGAACGUCCCGCGUAUGCAGUAUACGGAAAUCUUUUGUACUACGUGAAGGACCGUUUCCUUCGGAAGCUGGAUUUCACCUCGUCGAAGGACACAUCGGUGAUGCAAAUUCGCAGUGGAGGCAAAACCGCGCCGUACAGUAUGUCGUAUAAUCAGGCGGAAAAUAGCGUUCUGGUAUGCACGAGAUCGCCCUCAAACAUCGACAAUAGUACUUACGAUUUAUAUAUGAUCCCACGCGAGGGAGAUUCGAGCACGGAUGCUGAUACCAAACGAGCGUCUGGCCUCACUGCUAUCUGGGUUGCCAGGAAUCGAUUCGCUGUGUUAGAUAGAGCGUAUUCGUUAGUUAUUAAAAACCUGAAAAAUGAAGUCACGAAGAAGGUGCAAAUUCCAAACUGCGACGAAAUAUUUUACGCUGGCACCGGCAUGCUGCUUUUGCGCGAUCCAGAACAGGUAACGCUGUUUGACGUGCAACAGAAGAGAACCUUAGCGGAAGUGAAAAUCUCGAAGUGCAGAUACGUUGUGUGGUCUAGCGACAUGUCUCAUGUCGCAUUGCUGUCCAAACACACCGUCAACAUUUGCAAUCGUCGCUUAGAGUCUCUCUGUUCUGUGCACGAGACUACCAGAGUGAAAUCCGGCGCUUGGGAUGAUUCCGGCGUGUUUAUUUACACAACUAGUAAUCACAUUAAGUACGCAAUCAGCAAUGGCGAUCACGGAAUCAUUCGUACACUAGACUUGCCGAUAUACGUCACGAAAGUGAAGGGCAAUCAGGUUUAUUGCUUGGAUCGAGAAUGCAAGCCGAGAAUUCUGCGAAUAGAUCCGACGGAAUACAAAUUUAAGCUAGCACUGAUCAACAGGAAAUACGAGGAAGUUUUACACAUGGUGCGCAAUGCAAAUCUCGUUGGACAAUCAAUUAUUGCAUAUUUGCAGCAGAAGGGAUAUCCAGAAGUAGCGCUUCAUUUCGUGAAAGACGAGAAGACCAGAUUCGGUCUCGCGCUUGAAUGUGGAAACAUUGAAGUCGCGUUAGAAGCAGCAAGAUCGCUCGAUCAGAAAUCUUGCUGGGAAAGUUUAGCGCAAACUGCUUUAUUGCAAGGCAAUCAUCAAGUCGUGGAAAUGUGCUAUCAAAGGACAAAGAAUUUCGAGAAGCUGGCCUUCCUUUACCUUAUAACUGGUAACUUGGAAAAAUUACGUAAAAUGAUUAAGAUUGCGGAAAUUCGAAAGGAUGUGUCUGGACAAUAUCAAGGAAGCUUGCUGCUUGGCGACAUUUAUGAACGUGCUAAGAUUUUGCGAAGCUCUGGACAAGCUUCGUUGGCGUAUGUUACCGAAAAAAUCCAUGGAAUAUCAAACGAGGAUGACGACGCGCAGUAUGAAUCGAUGAGCGAAGAGCUUUCUUCGUUGGAGAACGGCGCCAUAUAUCUCCGUCCACCUGUACCUAUUCAACAAGCCGAGAACAACUGGCCGCUGCUGACCGUCUCUAAAGGCUUCUUCGAGGGGGCGAUGAUGUCUCGCGGCAAGAGUCAGGUAGCCGCCGCUCUCGCUCCGGAAGAUGACGGUACAACGACGCCUGAGGGAUGGGGCCAGGACGAGGAACUCGGCCUAGACGACGAAGAAGGCGUCGAUACGGAAAUCGCGCCGGAAGGUGAAGAGACUCCUGGAUGGGACGUCGAAGAUGUUGAUCUUCCGCCGGAACUCGAAGUUGUCGCGUCUACGGCGAAUCAGGAAGGCUACUAUUCUCCGCCUACCAAAGGAAUUCCACCGACGCAGCACUGGAUUAACAACUCCAAGCUGGUGGUUGAUCACAUACUGGCCGGCUCGUUUGAGUCUGCUUUCAGAUUGUUGAAUACUCAUGUCAGAGUAAUAGAAUUCGGACCUUACGAGUCUCUGUUUAUGAAUACGUACGCCCGAGCCAGGACAUCUUACGCUUGUUUACCUAAUGUACCAUCGAUAUACGGAUAUCCUCAAAGAAACUGGAAAGAGACCAACUGGAAGGACGCUACGGCGAAAACUGGCGUGCCUGCAGUUGGAUUGCACCUUUCCGAAUUGGUUCAGCGCCUUCAACUGUGCUAUCAAUUGACGACUAACGGCAAAUUUGCCAAAGCGAUAGAAAAACUGCAAGGAAUCUUGCUAAGUAUACCACUGCUCGUUGUCGAUACCAAACAGGACAUCGCGGAGAGUCAACAACUGAUUCAGAUCUGUCGCGAGUAUAUCUUAGGUUUGAAAAUGGAAACUGAACGUAAAAGUAUGCCGAGAUCCACGUUAGCCGAGCAGAAAAGGAUUUGCGAGAUGGCGGCGUACUUUACGCACUGUAAUUUGCAGCCCGUGCAUCAGAUUCUCACCCUUCAAGUAGCUGUGAAUUUAUUCUACAAAUUGAAGAAUUACAAGACUGCUGGUUCAUUUGCAAGAAGAUUACUCGAGCUAGGACCGAAUCCUGAACUUGCACAAAAAAUUCGGAUUCUGUUACAGUCUUGUGAUAAAAAUCCUGUUGACGAGCACAAGUUAGCCUAUGAUGAACACAAUCCCUUCUCGUUGUGCGCAAGCACAUACACACCUAUUUACAAAGGAAAACCGGAAGUAAAGUGUUUCCUAUGCGGUGCCAGCUAUAACCCACAGUUUAAAGACACAGUGUGCAAGAUAUGCGAAGUUGGUUUAGUAGGUAAAGAACGUUAAACUUUAUAUUAUUAUCGCGCUGUAAAUCUUAUAAUAAUUUCAUAAUUUUGUUAUUUGCAUUUAUAGUUUGCUUAAAGUAUCAAUCACAUAUACUUUGUAAAAUAAACUAUCAAUUCGAUAUAUUAUGAAUUUCUAUUCGACAGGAUAGAGUAAUAAAUCGUUCAUGUUGGACGAUAUAAAAUUGUAUUUGAUUUUGAGAUGUUUAAGAUAAAUAUUUCAAAAUUUAAAAUAAAUUCGAAUUAAUAUAUUGAAUGAAGAAAUAUAAAAAUAUUUCCAACUUUAAUGAAGAUGAUUAUACUUUAUCAUUCCGUAAAAUGAAUAGAGAAAUGAAGUGGACAAAUAAAAUUGGAGUCUUGAAUGUAUUUUGAAUUAAGUAUUAUCAAUAUAAUGUAUGUGACCACUCUAUAUCUAUUUCAACAUGAAUAUAUAGGUUUUACAAAUUAUCAGAGACAGAGUGUAUAUCAGCAUGAUUUAUAAGAAAAUAGAAAUGAUAUUUAUGUAAGAAGUACUAUGUUUAUAAAUAAAAUUUGAUUGAUUUCUA